AUGCACGCAAGUGCUCCUGCAGCUACGACUCUCACUCUCCUGAUCAUAUGGACCGUGGUUGACGGAUCCCCACGCUACGAGAGUAUGGCGCCAUAUCAAAGGAUCGCAUUCAUAUCAGACAUUGGCGCCCAGCGCUUAAAACCUCUCUUCGUCGCCGGUUGCGUGAUCACUGCUGUGUUUCUCAGCGCUUCAUUUAUGUCCGAGAGAUGGCUUAGACACAGCGGCCACCUUGCUAGAAAUAGAGGGAAGAGAGACAAGGCGUUCGCCAUCAUCGCUAUACUCCUUUCGCUGAUCGGGGGAGCGGCACUGAUUCUCCUGUCGAUUUUUGACACCCUGCGGCACGCUAGGAUUCACCAAAUAUUACUCAUGACUUUCAUAGGAUCAUACGUUCUCAGCACGAUCUUCGUAUGCGCAGAAUACUACCGACUCGGCAUACAUUAUCGGGAACACAAAAUUAUAUUCGUGAGCUUUUGGAUCAAACUCGCCUUCAUCGUUGUUGAGAUGGCGCUUUCGAUUGCGUUGGUAGUUCUGCGUAGACGAAUGAAUGACGACCAAGCUGCAAUCUUAGAGUGGAUAAUCGCCUACAUAUUCACCUUCUACAUCUUAUCCUAUGCAGUUGACCUCCUCCCCGCCGUGAGAACCCGCCACCACAUCCCACAAGGUAAACGGAUAACAGAAAUGUCCCAGGCGCUUAACGGAGCCCAGCGGACGACGGCUAUUUCUCACAUUUCUACACCUACUCUUACACCCUCGCAAACAAAUGCUUAUUCCGAGCAACCCACCCUUGCCACAGACUCCGUGGGCGAUCAGGCAAAUAUCGAAAAGCCCGCUCACAACCAAUCGUCGGACGCCAUACAACAGCCUCCAGAGGAUCACUUGCAUGCUCCAGAGGAGAGUUUAGAUGUCUAG